AUGGGAGACAGUUCAGAGCGUGUAUGUGAAAUGGAGUUGGAGAGGACGGAGCUGGAGAUGGAUUUGGCGUGUCUGCGAGAUUUGAUCUGUGCCCAGUCGUCGCAGUUGGAAUUAGAGUUAGGAGAGCGUUUUCGACGCAUCCAAUACUCGGAUGCAUCCUCAACGCUGCGGGAAGUGUUGGGGUAUGCCGAGUUGAAGCGGACGGAGAAAAUUUGCGACAUCGAAGUCACUGUGGAGGCGUCCACAACCGCGGACGAAGAAUCUGGAGACGUCUCGGUGGAGUUGGAAUUGGAAUUUCUGGUGGGUGAUUGCUCUUGGCGUCCGGUGUAUGACUGCCGCUUCACGGGUGCGAGGCUGGCACGUUGUGAGGUGGAGUAUUACGCUGAAGUCACGCAGCAGUCGCGACUAGAUUUUCCAGGAGAUGCGGCGAUUUACUUCAGUUCGGGCAAUCCGUCUCGCGAGCGGGAGCCACGUGUGCAGCCAAAGCAAUGGGUGGAUCUGCGGAAGGCGGUGCCGCAGGCGGCACCGCCGCCUAUGCUUAUGGCGGCUGCAGGCUUCGGGGCGGCACCUUUGUCGGCGAGUUGCCGCAAGGUGGCCGUUAGAGAGUGUCGAGCAGGUUUCGGAAACCUGCGUGUGUUGCUUCCUCCAGGUCGUCAAUUGCCACACAAAAUGGGACAGCAACGUGUCGAGCUAGGCACCUUCGAAUUGGCUGCGGAGCUCUUCCACCACGUCGUACUUGCCGACUCUCGCGCCGCGUACCGUGUGUUCUAUCUGCGUAACACCUCGGAAUUUAGCUUCUUGGCCGACGCUGCCACGCGCAUCUAUUUGGAUGGCAGCUUCGUCGGCGAGGGAUGCCUAGGCCAACUCGGCGCGCCUGACGCAGAACUUGUGCUCUACGCAGGCGUCGACGAAGCCGUCAGUGUACACACACUCAAACACGAUGAAGAGUUCCUCUCCAGGGGAGGCAACUUGCUGUUCGGUAAUAACAAACGACAAGCACACGCAACACAACUCGCCAUACACAACACACACGAAGACCACACCACACGGCUUGUCCUAUCAUACGCAUUACCCGCUUCCAAAAAUCAACUUGUCAAAGUCGAAACCGUCAAACUACAAACCUACACCUACGACAACGACAUCCUCGCCGUGCACGCCAACACAACCGAAGCAGGACUCCUCUUCCUCAACGACAAGACCGGUAACGUCGUAGAGUCAUUCGACCUGCCUCCUAAAACCGAAAAAAUUACCAAGGAAUUUAAAUACGUCAUUGAAUUCCCCGCAGACCAAGAUAUCGAAAUUCUGUCAUGA